AUGUUGUGCGCUCGGUUGGGUCGCAAUGUCGUGGUGGCCCUGGUGGGCCAACGCGGUGGCGCAAGAGGUCUUGACAUAUUGCGCCACCGCCCGCGCAACCACGUGAUCACACCGGCAGGGACCUCCCUGCCGGUGGUGUACGGCACCGACACGGGCUGGAUGCUCGUUGGAGUGUCGUCCAUGUAUUCACACAACAAUAGUCUCUUCUACGAUGACAUCCGCCAUGCAGACAAGAGCUCCGUGCCGCCGCCCUUGUUGAAAAGCUCCAGUCUUGGUGACAUGCCUCGAGAGGAUAUGGUCCCACAGAAGGCCAUGCAAGCUCCAGGAAGCAAAAUCCGCAUGCUUCGAAUGCUACCCACGAAAUCUGUCGGGCCAGGGAUGGAGACGGCGGUGCCACGGAGGGUCAACCACAUGGCGACACUGCCAUUUCACUCAAGUUCAAAGCAGCCAUCGAUAGAUCCUCCAGUCAAACACUCGUUGCAAAGCAAGCGAAAAGUCUAUGGGAUCCCGCUCAAGUCGGUCUUGAAAUGCAAUGAUAACGUGUCGAGAAAUCUACGCCUCCUGAGGCCAUUGGACAACUCGACUGCAUUGCAAGUCGCGUUGCAGCAACAAGAGUCGCAUAUACAGGACACGAUGCAUCGAGUGGGCAAGAACUUGCCGAUUCAAUUCCUCAAGGAGUCCAACCACCGAGAAUUUGCAGUGAAAAUCGCGUCGGAAACUGUGUGGCGCAUCUUGGUGGCGAAUUGGACGUUGGCCCAACGCAGAGCGUUGCAGCAAUGGCAGGCAUGGACACUACACGCUCGAAAACUCGAUCACAACGCCAAACGUCGACUUCUAGAUCGACAAGCAGGACUGGCACGAUGCCUCCACAUUGCCCAAGACAGGUUAUAUCGUCUGAUACGAUUGCGACUGCGUACGUGGCAGCACGAAGCCCAACAUCGCACCCACCAGCUACAUGUGAACAUGGCACUGUACAUUCAGUGCGCAUGGCGGCAAAAGGUUGCGCGACAUGCCGUCUCCCACGUCCACGCCCGACACAUUCGACUCACACGACAUUACGCCGCCGUGGUCAUUCAACGCCACACACGAGGGGUGCUGGGGCGAAGACGUGCCAGCCAUUUGGCCCAUGCCAAGUUGACGCAAACCAGUGCGCGGACCAUACAACGCGCGUUCCGUCGGUUUGUGGUCGUCCAAUUGCAUUCACGCCAAGUCAAGCAAGAUCGAACAAGUGAUAUUCAACGCGUGUGGCGGGGAUGGCGGGGCAGACGACGAGGUCACGACCGCCGGAAGGGGGUGCGUGCCGCCGCCGUCACCUAUUCCAACGCCCAGACGGAGAUCGCAGUCGAUCGAAGUACGACGUAUGUGUGUGCGAUUAUGGCCAUCCAACGAUCUAUCCGCCAUCAUUUGAUACGACAACAAGUGCGCGCGGGCGUGCAAUGUAUGGCUCGUCGGCGGCAGUGUUUUCCUCGGAUCCAGAUCCAACGGUCGUGGCGGCGGUACCGACGUGCGGUGUUGGUGGAUGUCAUGGCGCGACUAGUGCAUACAUUGGUGGUGGUAGCCAAGCAGUUGGCUCGAAAAGUCGUGUAUCAUUGCGCCAAGCUGGCCGAGGCGAAGCGACGACGCGGCGCCACAGCCAUUCAAGCCCGAAUCCGCGGGACGCUUUCUCGGAUGCAUGGCUUUCCCAUGCAGUAUCGCGUGUGGUAUGAACUGGACAAGCAACUGCCCCGCUGCGAUAAGGAGCCUCUCGAGUGGGAGCCGCUGGCGAGCACCGACCGCAUCAAAUGUCUGGUCGUAUGGAGGACCAAAGUCCAGCGAUGGCGGGAUGGGUGCGCCACCGACAUCCAGCGCUUGUAUCGAGGGUACGCCGUCCGACAAAAGUUUCAAGUGCGCCAACAAGCAUGCGGGGAUCUGCGGCAGUUGCUCAAUCGACCAGUGCACGCGUACCUUCGGCGGCUCAAAGCUCGUCGUGUUCGCGGGCGUUGGAGGCGACAUCGGCACGCUACGCUCGCGUCGACGAUGCUCGCGUGGAAAGGCAUGGCGCACGCCCUGUCACAGCUCAAGACGCUACGACGUGGUGCUCGCCAACGUCAGAUAGCGCAAUGGCAUUUUGAAAAGACCCACCGACGACGACUGUUGCGUCACUGGGGCGAAUGUGUGCGCGUGCAGCGGGAUCGCGCGCGGCGGGCCUUGCUGGCUACUCAAUUUUCCAACCGGCACAUUCAAGCUAGGGCGACCAAGCAAUGGCGACGGGGCACCGUGGUGGAAGUGAUAUGUGACGUGGUGUGGAAACUUUCCAUCUUGGUGGACGUGUACCAGCGGUGGGCUCGACACGCCAGCCUCAUGCGACGACUGAAACGAUUGCAAGCCAAAGUGCAUGGUCGGAUCAAGGUGGAUCUUGUGAAUCAAUGGAAGCAACUUCACAUUUUGAACCAUCUGCAUCACAACAUGGCCACAAGACAACGAUGUCACAUGCUUGUACAAUCUCACUUGACGGCCUUGCAUGCGUUUACUCGCCGCAACCAGCUCGUGAACCAGCGAUAUAUACGAAUGGGGGCUCGAUAUGGCGUUCGGACGUGGGCGGAGUGGGUGAGUCUGGUGAAGUUCCGCCGGGAUCAACACGAACUCUGUCGCGUAUUUCGACUCCGUCACAUGUUUGCGCGAUGGAAGACUCUAAAGGCCAUCUUGCGUGCGAAAGCUCUACAGCGCCAACGACUGGACGCGUUUGCAACCAAGUGCAAAUUGACGCGGGGACUGGUUCAAUGGCUGGAAGCGACCGACCACGCUCGGGACUACCAUGUGCUACACAUGAAAUCGCAGCGUCUGUUCUCGCGCACGUUCAAACGCAAGGCAUUUGCCGAAUGGUUCGAGCUGUGGAGUGCGACUGCCGGCAAACGACGCAUUGCUAGUGCACUCUUAAUCCAAGCUACGUGGCGAGGAAUCAAGGGGCGGCGGCGGUUCGCCAAGGCCAAGGCGUUGCACGAGUACAAGAUGGCCAAGCGCAUUGAGCGAGGAGUCGACUCCCCCGAAUGUUCGAUCGACAACAUCGCAUCUUUGCUCACAACCCAGCAAUGGGUCAUCUUAUACGCGUACUUGCCGUGGGAGCCCCCGUCGCUGCAGUUUCGAAAGGCCUUUUGUACUGUGGCCACACAUUUCCACCUCAAGCGGCACACGUCGUUUGGGUUUUGCGAUGCUACUCAAAUGGACCCCGUCACCAUGGUCAGCCUCGCGAGUCGGUUGCACUUGAAGCGUCGGCUGCCAUCCAUUUCCGUGUUUUGGCAAGGACGGGGACCAGAAAAUGAGACCAGCCGCGACCCCCCACGUCGCAUAUCCCGACGGUUUACAAAGAUCGACAUGCAGUUUGCACUUUCAUCGAUGACCGCCGAGACUUUGCUGGUGUUUGUCGACGGAUUGUUUCAACGAGGCAAUCACGCCACAGCAGUGGAUUUGCAAGCGAUUAUGCGACGAACACUGGUACGUCUGCGGAUCUACUACGCCACACAGUACCGCCACCGGAACGCCGCGACUACAAUUGUAUGGUGGUUCGUACGGCAAUGCCGCCGCAGACGGUACAAAAAUGCGACAAAGUUGCAGCGGUGGUAUCGACGCCGGAUGGCUCAACAUGCAGCGUGGAUGACGGCCAAAGCGAGGAUGGUCGUACUUCGCCAGCCCAUUCAGCUGAUCCAACGCGUCGUUCGGCAUUUCUUUCGACGGGUGCAGUAUGCUCAUGCCAGAGACGAACGAUUGGCCACGCCGACAUUAUACCCCAACGCUCCCCUGUGCAUGACCUGCGAAGUCAAAAUCGGAGUGACCAAAUGCAUCGACUGCGACGAGCCGUACUGCGACGACUGCUUUGCCGCGUUCCACAAGCAAGGCGCCCGCGCAAAUCAUCGGGCCGUGACGAUGGAGUUCCAAGCCAUGCAUCUCAACUUGUGCAUGUGUCGACGGUGUCACGUGCGCGCCACUGCCCGCGUUUGCGAGGCUUGCAAGAUGGGGUUGUGUUUGUUGUGCUUUGAAAAAGUGCAUUCGAUGCGGUCGGGGCUCCAUAACCAUCGAUUUCGACGGCCGAUUCGUCUACAACAAGACCCCAAGCACCGUCUUAAGCUCAAAAAGAAGCCAGCAUACUUGUCCCAACUUCUCUGCAGCGACGUCGCCCAAGUCGUGAUUAGUCAGCAUGGUUGGCCAUCGAAAAGCAGCGUGGAUGCCGCCGCGGCCGCCGCCGACAAGGUCCAGCGAGACGCCGCAGAGCGGGAGAGUCACAUCCAAGCGAUUUGCCGCACGCUGGAGAAGCCCGUGCUCGACGCGUUCAAACUUUACGACCCUCACCACCAAGGCUACGUGGGCGUGGGGGAGCUGCGGAUGCUGCUGACCCACGAGCUGUGCAUUCCAGUGACCAAGAACGAAAUCUGCGACAUCGUUGCCAGCAUCGAUCUCAACCACGACGGCCACCUUGGAUGGAAUGAAAUUCUACGCUGGCUGGCUAUUCAGAUCGUGGACGGCGCGUUUCGAGGCACCUUUCGAGCUGUGCGGACAAAAGCCCUCCAUGUGCACAAGGGAUACCGCAAGACCCAACAGCAUAUCCGCGAUGUCAAGCGAAAGCUCCGGGAUCGAUGGCCCAAGGUCGUCCCACGCAAGAAACGCGUGCCGCCCUACGACGACGUGUUCCAGCUGCACCCCGUGGACGAUUUUCAGCGCAAAAAGCACGUGUUCUACCGGUUUCUUCAGCACGAGUUUGCGUUGGAGUGGAUCUUUGAAGACAUGCACGAGAUCGACUUGGACAAGCAAAUGACAGUCUUUGCUGAUGUGUUUGUACCCCGGUGGAAUGCUGGUGCCUUGGGGUACGAGUACCUCUACGACGGCACAACAUUCGAGCACCAGGCGACGCUGUUUGAGCAAAAAUGGGAUGUCGACUUGAACAAAUAUGUAUUUUUAAACAUGGAGACCCACGACACGCACUUGGUGGAUCCAAGAAAAGAAGAUGUGUUGUACGCGCUGGCCUUGGAAGCGUUUACAGAAGUCGACGUCGACGGAUCGGGGGAGGUGGAUGUCCACGAAUUGUUUACGCUGCUGAAUGAGUCGUUGUGCGAACCUAUGACCAUGGAUCAAGUGAUUCAAGUCAUGACUUCUAUUGAUCAAGAUGGCACAGGCACCAUCAAUUUCAACGAAUUUUACGCGUGGUAUGGGUCGGAAUACAGCCAAAAGCAGAUCAAGUCUGUCAAGCACGACGGGUUGAAACUGGCGCUGCGCACAAGGCGACAGGCCAAACGAAUCGCGGCCAAGAGCUACCGCGCUGGAGUGAAGCAGGGGUCGAAGUUAAUUCAAGGUGUAAAGCAUCGAAUGCACGAACGUCGGCUGCAAAAGGAUUGCGAACAUGCGUCCCCCGAAACCGUCGAACUCUUGAUGGAGGGAUUUGACAAGCAUUUGAUUCAAAAAGCACUCAUGAUGAACCACAACGACGUCCACAAGGCCCGAGACUGGCUCGCGCAAAAGCAAGACGAAGCGGCGAUCGACGCAGCAACCAAACGCGCGGCGUCCCGACGGCGACGAGAAGAACAGCUCCACGUGCUGCGACGGGUGCAAACAUCCACAAAGAGUGGGGCACUUAAGCUGGCCGUGGCGAUUAAAGUGAUGCUGUUUGGCCAAAAACUGAACCGCGACGCCGAGGUGGACUAUAUUUUGAAGAACCUCAAGAUGGAAAUCGAUGGCGCCCGCCAAAUCGUACAAGACGAGAUCGAUCCAGAAUAG